AACAUGGAAAAGGUGCUGGUCCCUUCUGUCACGUUAAUUGUAGGCUGUGGAGUAUCUUCGCUGACACUUUUGCUGUUGAUUAUCAUUUAUGUCUCUGUUUGGAGGUAUAUUCGCUCAGAGCGCUCUGUCAUUCUUAUCAACUUCUGCCUAUCCAUCAUCUCCUCCAAUGCACUCAUCCUGAUCGGACAGACCCAGACCCGGAAUAAGGUGAUAUGCACGCUGGUGGCGGCUUUCUUGCACUUCUUCUUCCUCUCCUCUUUCUGCUGGGUGCUGACCGAGGCUUGGCAGUCCUACAUGGCCGUGACGGGCCGGUUACGGAACCGCAUCAUCCGCAAGCGCUUCUUGUGUCUCGGAUGGGGGCUCCCCGCCUUGGUCGUUGCCAUUUCUGUGGGAUUUACUAAAGCCAAGGGGUACGGCACCGUGAACUACUGCUGGCUGUCGUUAGAGGGAGGUCUUCUCUAUGCCUUCGUGGGACCGGCGGCUGCUGUCGUUUUGGUGAACAUGGUUAUUGGCAUUCUGGUUUUUAACAAACUUGUAUCCAAAGAUGGAAUAACAGAUAAGAAACUGAAGGAACGGGCAGGGGCAUCCCUUUGGAGCUCCUGCGUGGUCCUACCUCUCCUGGCUCUCACCUGGAUGUCUGCAGUUCUGGCAAUCACUGAUCGGCGGUCAGCACUCUUCCAGAUCCUUUUUGCUGUCUUUGACUCAUUGGAGGGAUUUGUCAUUGUUAUGGUCCAUUGCAUCCUAAGGCGGGAGGUCCAGGAUGCUGUGAAGUGCCGAGUAGUAGAUCGACAGGAAGAGGGCAAUGGAGACUCAGGGGGAUCAUUUCAGAAUGGACACGCUCAGCUAAUGACCGAUUUUGAGAAGGAUGUGGAUAUGGCUUGUAGAUCAGUGCUGAAUAAAGACAUCACCACCUGCAGGACCUCAACCAUCACAGGAACACUCAAGCGUCCAUCACUACCGGAUGAAGAGAAAUUGAAACUCAACCACCAGAAGGGGUCAUCAAACUUUAACAGUCUUCCAGCCAAUGUCUCCAAGAUGCAUCUUCAGGGCUCACCGCACUACCUGGGGGCCAUCAACCUGAAUGAGUUCAGCAAUCACACUCUCACUCUGAAGAAGGACAAGAACCAGCCACCUAAGUCCAUCUACAUCUGUGAUGGGGACAUCUUUAAGAAGUUGGACUCAGAACUCUCCCGGGCACAAGAGCAAACGCUGGACACCAGCUACGUCAUUCUGCCUACCAACACGUCUACCUUACGGGCCAAACCGCCCAAAGACGAGAGCAAAUACAGCAUCAAUAUUGACCAGAUGCCACAGACACGGCUCAUCCACCUCAGUAUGGCUACUGACCCAGGCUUUGUUGUCAAGAGUCCUCCACGGGAGCCUGUAACCAUGACAUGCAGCGAGGUGCAAGGUUCCCCCAUGAUACAACAGCAGCAGCAGCUGGCUCCACAAAAUAUCUCCAACGAGUCACAGAUUCCCAACAGCCUGUGUGACACAGGUGACUCAGGGAACUCGGGUGUGGUGUCCAAAAGUGAGACCGUCUCCACCCUCUCCAUGAGCUCAUUGGAGAGGCGGAAAUCCCGGUACGCAGAGUUAGAUUUUGAGAAAAUCAUGCACACAAGAAAACGUCACCAAGACAUGUUCCAAGACCUGAACAGAAAACUCCAGCACGCAGAGAAGGAGAAGGAGUCUCCAACAACGGACAGCAAGCAAGAAAAACAGCAGACACCAAACAAGAGACCCUGGGAAGGAAUCAGGAAAGUCCAGUCCCCACCAUCAUGGGUUAAAAAGGACAUCGAACCUGUGGCACAGUCUCCCCUAGAACUAAAAACUGUAGAGUGGGAGAAAACAGGAGCCACCAUCCCGCUGGUGGGACAAGACAUUAUUGACCUUCAGACAGAGGUCUGAGCGGAAA